CCGUCCCGCUUAACUAUUUGACACCACCGUACGAGGAGUUAACGAAUAGCAGAGCGUGUAGUUAAUCUUCUCCACGCUCAGCCGCAGGCUUCAAAGUGCUGCCCAGCGGGCUCCCCUCAGCCCAGUCCAGAGUUCCUUCUCCCUGCGCGGAGCGAAACUUUCCCCCCGGAGAUGAAAAUAUCUGCUGCGUCCAAGAAGCUGUGGUGCGUCCACAGACAGCUGGUCCUCCUGCUCACUCCGCUCCUGUUCCUGCCUUUGCUUUUUACCCUGCCGGAGAAGGAGGGAAAAUGCCUUUAUGUGGUGGUGCUGAUGGCUAUAUUUUGGUGCACAGAGGCCCUUCCUCUGGCUGUCACGGCGAUGCUUCCAGUCUGCCUCUUCCCAACACUGGGGAUUCUUCCAUCCAAAAAAGUCUGCCCCCAGUACUUCCUCGAAACCAAUUUUCUCUUCCUCAGCGGUCUCGUGAUGGCAUCGUCUAUCGAGGAGUGGGGCCUGCAUCGCAGGAUAGCCCUGAAGGUCCUUAGUAUUGUCGGAGUGAAACCAGCUUGGCUCAUACUGGGAAUGAUGAUGACUUCGUCCUUCCUGUCCAUGUGGCUCAGCAACACUGCCACAACGGCCAUGAUGCUCCCUAUUGCUAAUGCCAUCCUGGAGAGUCUGUUUGGAGACCUGGAGACCCUGAAACAAAAGUGCAAGUCCACAGGGGAUCCAGAGAGAGAUAUAAUAAAUGGUCAGUCUACUUUAAAGCUGCAUUCACUGCCCUCAGUGCCCUUAGAAAAACAAAUACUGUCGAUAGAUGGGAGAGAUGGGACGGAGCAGAGUGACACGAGGACAGCUGAGGAGAUCCGAUCGGAGUCGGAGUAUCAGCUGAAGGUGUGGAAGGGAUUCUUGAUCUGUAUUCCUUACGCAGCCAGCAUCGGAGGGACCGCCACGCUCACUGGCACCGCACCAAACCUCAUCCUGAUCGGACAGCUGAAAAGCUACUUUCCGGAUUGCGACCUUAUCAACUUCGGCUCUUGGUUUGCGUUCGCUUUCCCGCUCAUGCUUCUCUUCCUGUUUUUUGGAUGGCUAUGGAUCUCGUUUCUCUACGGGGGAUUGAAUACACGACUGUGCUUCGAGAAACACGACCAAAGAGCCCAGGCAGAGGCCAGAGCCAAGGCUCUAAUAGAGGAAGAUUACAGGAAACUAGGGCCCAUAAAUUUUGCAGAGGGAGCCAUCUCUUUCUUUUUUGUAUUGUUUGCUGUUCUCCUUUUCACACGAGACCCCAAAUUUGUCACUGGAUGGUCUGUGUUUUUUAAAAAAGGGUACGUCUCAGAUGCAGUGACCGGUGUUAUCAUUGUGUCCAUAUUGUUCUUCUUCCCCUCGCAGAAACCUUCUCUGAGCUGGUGGUUCGACCCUCAAGCUUCAAACACUCCUUAUGUUCCUCUCUUAUCGUGGAAGAAAGCCCAGGACUCUGUUCCCUGGAAUAUCAUUCUGUUGCUCGGAGGCGGCUUCGCUAUGGCCAAAGCUUGUGAGGAGUCUGGCCUCGCCUCCUGGAUCGGAGGCCACCUCCAACCUUUGGCCGAGGUCCCCCCUGCUGCAGCUGUGAUGUUGAUCACUGCUUUCCUGGCCUGUUUCACUGAGUUCGCUAGCAACACGGCCACAAUUAUAAUAUUUUUACCCGUCAUUGCAGAACUGGCUAUCCGUGUCUCAGUGAACCCGCUGUACUUCAUGAUACCUGCCACAGUAGGAUGUUCAUAUGCCUUCAUGCUGCCAGUGUCUACGCCACCCAACUCCAUCGCCUUUGCAUCAGGACAUCUCAUGGUCAAAGACAUGGUGAAGACCGGCUUUGUCAUGAACAUCCUGGGUGUCCUCUCAGUCUCUCUGGCCAUGAACACGUGGGGUGUCGCCAUGUUUAACUUGAACACGUAUCCAGAAUGGGCUCAGCCCAUCAACAAGUCCGCUGUUGUUUCUGAUGUGCACUUCUCGUCUGUCCAGUCGCUCAAUGCUACUCUCUGAUCACUCAGUCAAUCUCAGCACUGGCACAGAAUAAGAUUGUAUAAAGAUUUAACACUAAACAGGGACAAAAGUCUGUCUGUAGACGUCUACACUACGCUAAAAUGUCAAAACGCUCUGGGAGCUUCAGCUGUUACCUGUUUUGACGCUUUUGAUAAGUUUUUAUAUUCAAGUGUCUUUUUGGGCUCUCAAAUGUCAAGAUUUCAUGCUGUGAAGUGUUAGUUUUAGAACACUAAGUUUUAAGUUAAAAAUAAUGCAGUCAGUUAAAAAGCUGCAUUAUUUUACUCUGCCUUCUUAAAACUGGACCAGAGAAACAUUUAACCUCAAUAAUAACAACAACUCAAGCUCUGAAGAGUUUUUUUAAAAAUAUUUUUUGAAGCUCCAGUCAGGCUGCGGAGUGGGUUGUUUGUAUGGAUGCUACUAGGCUGACUUCUGCUGAAAGAACAAGCGGCAUCUGUGAAUAAUUCCCUUAAAAAUAUAUAUUUUUUUGGUUAAAAUCACUAAGAGAUCAUGUUACUUGUUUAUGUAUUAUAUGGCACAUCUUUAGUGACCAAUGGCAUAAUGCAUAAACAGUAUUUUAAAUCUUUUCUACAUUAGAGUAUGAAUCCUUACUAAUGAAUGUGUAAAUUUUAUUACCAAGUGAUUUGCAUUCAUACAG